ACGCUUACGCAUUACACUUCAUAUCAAGUUCAUCGUCAAUCCCUUAUUGCCUGUACAUUCAUAUUAUACAUAUGCAGGUUUAAACCAUACGUUUGCGUUCCAGUUCAUCGAAUGAGAAAGGAAACAAAAAAACAGCAGUUUCAUUCUACAUAUGUACAUGUAAAUUAACCAGAUCAAAAAUCACCCCAUACGAACAGAGAAAGUCUUAUCUUGCAUGUGCACCACGGUGUAUUGUUUUUAUACCGUGGUAUAUACAAUAUGUAUGGGCAACUGCAUUAAGUAAUGUAACGUACAUAUGUACAUAUGUAUAUAUGCAGGGGCAGAUUUAUAAGUUUACUAUCAAUUCCGAAAAGAUCUGUCAUCCCUAAUGCAUCGGUAAUUGCAUCGAAAUAUUCGUGUGCAAAUCUACAAGAUGAAGAAUAUUACGAUAUUAUUAUAACUGGUGGCGGUAUGGUUGGAACAACACUUGCCUGUGCAUUAGCCAACAAUAGAAAACUCGAAUGUAAACACAUCCUUCUGCUAGAAAGUAGCAACAAAUCUGAAUAUAAAUCGCAGGAACAUUAUUCCAAUCGUGUGGUUGCUCUAAACCAACAAACACGUACCUUACUAUCGAGUAUAGGAUCAUGGCAGCACAUAGAAGCAGUACGAUAUUGCCCGGUGCGAAAAAUGCAGGUAUGGGAUGCCUGUUCGGAUGCUAUGAUCGAAUUCAAUGAAGAUCAUCUAUCGGAAGAAGUUGCAUAUAUCGUGGAGAAUGAUUUGUUGCUACACGCGGUAAAUAAGCAACUAGCUGAUAAGGAGAAUGUGAACGUAGUUUAUGAAUCUAAAGUCGAAAAUAUUAAAUUACCUCAAAUUCAAGGGGAACCUGCAAGAAUACAACUGCAGAAUGGAAAAAAAUACAAAACUCAGUUAUUGGUUGGCGCAGAUGGUGGAAAUUCACUGGUACGACAAUGUAUGGGUACACAAUAUAUGAAGUGGAAUUAUAAUCAGCUAGGUGUAGUUGCUACACUUAAAUUAUCAGAGCCAACAGAAAAUAUCGUUGCAUGGCAGAGAUUCCUUCCAACAGGCCCAAUUGCAUUAUUACCUUUAAUAGAUUCACUUAGUUCACUCGUAUGGUCGCUACCGAUGGAUGAAGCAAAAAAACUUUUAAGUGUUUCUGAAGAGGAAUUUGUUGAUAGCAUAAACGAUGCUUUAUGGAAAUUGUAUCCAAAGGAUGGAAUAGUUGAAAGUGGCAUGCAAGCUCUGCAACAAUUACUUGGAGGUUUGUCUUUAGAGACGGGUGUAGUAAGACAAUUACAACCAUCCAUAUCAGCUAUCGUAGAAGGAUCACGUGCAGCUUUUCCUUUACAAUUUGGUCACUCUGUAUCAUAUGCUCAGAUUGGAACUGCCUUGAUCGGGGAUGCAGCGCAUAGAAUCCAUCCAUUAGCUGGUCAAGGUGUUAACUUGGGUUUCGGUGAUAUAAUAGUGCUGGUCCAACUUCUCGCAGAAGCUAAUGUAAACGGAGCUAAUUUAGGCGAUAUAAUGUAUUUAAGGAAAUAUGAAACAUUGAGGCAACGAUAUAAUGUACCAACUAUGCUCGCUAUCGAUGCGUUACAUCGACUUUACAAAGGCACUGCAGCUCCCAUUGUGCUUGCAAGAAGUUUAGGAUUACAAUUGACGAAUGCCAUUCCAUUACUAAAGAAAGCCCUGAUACAACAUGCAUCUGGUGAAGCAGUAAGUCAAUAAUGUUUGAAAAGUUGAUUAUAAACGUUAACAUAAUUUACUUAUUUGAUCCGAUAGUGUAAAUAUACAUUUAUAAUAUAUUAGUGAUAUACAUUUGAAAUAUGCACAUACAGCAUUAAAUAAAAAUAAAAAAAAAACGAA